AUGACGGCCGCCAACGACAUGUCCGAGGCCAAGGAGCCUGUCACGUUCGCUACCACUGUUGAGGGCGAAAAGAUCAAGCUCUCCGACACCAACUCUUCCGAACAGCUUCCCGCGAGCCUGAAGGAGACGGGGCGCGAGUUUAAUGUGACCGAGUCCGAUCUCCUUGAGGCUAAGCACCUGGCUGCCACCUUCACGCUGGACAAGACUAUCGCUAUGAUGAAAAAGGUGCACAAGCAACACGCCAGCGACCCCAAUUUCCCCAUCGAGAUCAUCAACCACAUUGACGAGUUCCUUGGGCACGAGGCCGACUUGGUCGCCAAUCCCCAAAAGUAUGAGCAUCUCAUUGAAGAGAUGAAGAUUGAGGCCGCUCUCAUGACCAACAAUUCACCCUAUACUGAAGUGCGAGCAGUCGUGGACAACCAUGAUGACCCAUCGCUACCCGUAUCAACCAUCCGUGCCUGGGGCAUAGGUGUCUUGUUUGCUAUCUGCAUCUCCUCCAUCAACUCCUUCUUCGACAUUCGUCUCCCGGCUGUUAGUAUCAGCGGAACCGUCGUCCAGCUGCUGGCCUACCCCUUUGGCACCUUCUUGGCACGCGUGCUCCCCGACAAGGGAAUCACCCUCUUCGGCGUUCGUCACAGCCUGAAUCCAGGACCUUUCAACAAGAAGGAGCACAUGCUUAUCACCAUCAUGGCCAGCGUCGCCAAGAGCGUUCCUUAUACCAACUACAUUGCUUGGAUUCAGGUUCUCCCCCAAUACUUCGGACAGGAAUGGGCCCGCAGCAUCGCCUACCAGCUCCUCAUUGGCCUCUCGACCAACUUCAUCGGGUACGGGCUGGCCGGAAUCUGCCGCCGUUUUCUGGUCUACCCUGCUUUCUGCGUCUGGCCAACAUCUUUGGUGACCAUCGCGCUCAACUCUGCGUUCCACGACAAGGAGUUGGAGAAGACGACCAUCGAGGGCCCGUUCAAGACUCGCUGGACCGUGUCCCGAAUGAAGUAUUUCUGUUGGCUUUGCGGGGCCAUGUUUGCCUACUUCUGGCUUCCCAACUACCUUUGCGGCGCCCUGACUUACUUCAGCUGGAUGACCUGGAUCUCGCCACAAAAUGUUCAUCUGGCCAGCAUCACGGGUGGCCAGACAGGCCUCGGGCUGAACCCGCUGCCAAGCUUGGACUGGAACGUCUUUGCGCUUGAUCCUUUGAUGGUGCCCUUCUUCUCUACCUUCAAUUACUUCUUCGGGGCAUUCCUGUCCAUGUUCGUCAUCAUUGGCCUUUACUACACCAACACCUACUACACGGCCUACCUCCCCAUCAACUCAAACAGGCCUUUCGACCACUUCGGCCACAUUUACAAAGUCAGAUCUAUCGUGGAUGACAAUGGACUCUUUGACGCCAAGAAGUAUGAAGCAUACUCGCCUCCUUACCUGGCUGCAAGCAACGUGGUCGUGUACACGUUCUUUUUCGCCUUGUACGCUGCGACGGUGACUUAUGCCGCUCUCUACCACCGUCUGGAGAUAAAGCUCGGCCUGAAUGAGUUGUGGCAGAGAGCCAAGUUCAGCAUGCGAAGGUUGAGGUCCAAAAAUGCACGCGGCGAAGAGUCGACCGAAGAGGAUGUGGACCUUCUUGAUAUCCAUAAUCGGCUCAUGCGCGCCUACCCCGAAGUCCCACAAUGGUGGUAUAUGACGUGCUUGGCCUUUGCCAUCGCCGUCGGUAUGGUUGGCGUCUCCUUGUGGCCGACGAACACGACACCAUUUGUGGUGUUGUACGGCAUCGCCCUAUGUCUAGUCUUCGUCGUCCCUAUUGGUAUCAUUGCGGGCAUGACUGGUGUGGAGGUCACGCUGAACGUCAUCGCGGAAUUCAUCGGUGGUGUGUGGAUGGAGGGCAACGCGAUUGGCAUGUGCUUUUUCAAGUCGUACGGAUAUGUCACCUGCGCCCACGCUAUAGCGUUCAGCAGUGAUCUGAAGCUUGCCCACUACGUCAAGAUUCCACCCCGGUUUACCUUUUGUGCCCAGAUGGUCCCUACGCUGGUUUCGACUUUGAUCAGCGUCGCGAUUAUGCAAUACCAAACCCGCAUCGAGAAUGUGUGCACUCCGGAUGCACCAUUCCGCUUCCUCUGCCCAGGUGUCAACACGUUCUUCACGGCAGCUGUCUUCUGGGGCACGGUCGGUCCACGAAAGAUUUGGGGUGUCGGUGGCCAGUAUUCGAUGACGUUGCUGGGAUUCCCGUUUGGCUUCCUUGCGGUCAUGUUGUUUUGGUACUUGAACAAGAAGUGGCCCAAGAGCGUCAUACUCCGCAAUGUCCACCCAGUGGUCAUGAUGAGCGGUGCCCUGAACUGGGCGCCGCUCAACUUGGCCUACAUGUGGCCUGCUGUCCCGGUGGGUGCAUUUUCGUGGUUGUUUGUGAAGAAGCGUUACUUGGCCUUCUGGUCAAAGUACAAUUAUGUGACUUCGGCUGCGUUUGGUUGCGGCAUUGCUAUUAGCGGUGUCGUAACCUUCUUCGCAGUGCAGCUGUGGGGCUUCCAGGUGAACUGGUGGGGAAACGAUGUGUUGAAUACCGGUUGCGACGCCGAAGGGACUUGUACUCUGCUGAAUUUGACCGACAGCGAGUACUUUGGUCCAAGAUUGGGCGAGUUCAGCUGA